AUGUCACACUUCCCGCCAUUCCCACCCACCCAAUCUGGUCGAUAUUCUCCCAGCCGAGCGUACAACGAUAGACCCCCUUUCCCACCGCCUAUCCCUCCCAUCCCCCCUCGAGACUUCCCACCAUACCCAUAUCCAAAUUCGGCACCACCACCUCCUCCAUCUGGUUAUCGGCCAUAUAACGGGUAUCCACCCGAACCUCCUAGGCCUCCCUAUCCUGCAUAUGACCAACCUCGUCCGUCUUACGAAGAUCACUAUGAUCCAUAUCAACCAUCCGCCAAUUCUUAUAAUGCAGUGCCACCUGCAAUCCGUAUACCUUCCGGGGGCUACUCUGCAGCAUCCGCUAUCGAGCCACCUAGACGACAAUCUAGACAAUCAUCACCACCUCCCCGAAGGUCAAUUCCGCCUCAUGCCCGAUCAGACUCCAGAUCUGCACCAUCCGGUCCACCCGAUCUCACACUGUUGACUCAUCCCACUACGGUUAAUAUCGGGGGCUUCACGGCUGCUGUGCAUUCCCUUCCUCCCUCUCAUCUUCCCAUCACCAAGUAUGUGUCUCUCAAUCGAGAUGAUGCUAUCGAUCUUCAUCGACAAUUAUGCUCUACCCGCUCAUCCGUAUGGUAUGCCGAUGGAUCGAGCAGAGCCGGAGAAGCGUGGUGUGCUGCUGUGGAAUGGAAAGUCAACUCGAAUCUCUCCGGAAGUAAGAUGAGAGGACACAUACUGGGAGGAGAUGCUCUGGAAUCUGAAUUCGGUGGGAUUUACAAAGCUGCGGAAGGAUUUCGAGAACUUCUCCAUCAAUCUAUCAAGGACGGUGUGCCGAUCUCACAUGAGCUCACGGUAUUUUGCGAUUCUCAAGCGGCCAUCAUUGGUAUCGACACCUCUUCGCGACUCGAAGCUGUGAAGUUUGAUCAGCUUUGGCGAGAAAUCUGUACCGAAUAUCUCCAUGCUCAUAUGACGCUUGUCUGGAUCCCAAAGGAUAGUGGUGUAGAGGGUCAUAAUCUCGCGGACAAGAUUGCUACCGUUGGUGCAAGCAAUUCUUAUCUCAAGAGAAGAAAGGAGAGAACGUUAGCAGAUAUUUACAUGCGACCCGGAGGUGGAGAACCCGAGCCAUCUGCCAGCUCAGAGCCUGGCCCUUGGCAAAGAGGAGAUUCAGAGCCAUCUCGACCCAGAAUGCCAUUCGAUCGCCCUGCGCCAGCUGCUCUUUCACCACCUAUCCUCACAAGUGGCGAGCCUGGUGAGUAUAACGAUCUCGAACUCGAUCUUGGCGCAAUGCAACAACCUUCGGCAGCUAUGGAUGGUGAAGAUGAGGGGAUCCAGCCUCGUGAAGGUGCGAUCUUCGUCACUCACUUCCCACAUGAAGCAUCAGCUAAAGAUAUCGGGAUAUUGUUUGCACAAUAUGGAGAAAUCGUCGCUGUCGAUAUCUUCCACAUUUCCCCGGCUCUUCCUCGUUACGCCAACGUCACUUACAGCGACCCUGCAUCUGGUAUCGCAGCCAUCAAUGACCUUCAUCGCAAGCCUAUCAACCUCGAUUCACCGUUCGCGCGAGAGAAUGAGGCUGAUCUGGAUUUAUGGAAAAAUUGGGCUGGCCAAUUGACGGUGGUGUUGCAUGAACCCCCUCGUAUAGUCCCCGCCGCUGUGGAAGCCGACUUCCCUGAUCUGCCUGAUUGGGCGAGAGGAGAGAAGGAUGCUGCUCACAAGAAUGAAGAGGACGAGACGAUGGAGGUUGAAGGGCAGAUCAAAGAGGAAAGAAGUCCCAGUCCCGAGAUAGAAAGUAGGAAGCGAGAGAGGGAAUCGCAGCCCGAAGACAAAAUUGGAUUAGCAACACAAUCCAUUGCACCACCUUCACCCAAGCGUGCACGACAAGAUAUCGAUGAUGCCAUUCCGAACUCUGCUGCAGAACAGCAACUUCCUAGAAAGUCUGAUCCGAUUCCUACUGCUGACUCCACUCACAUUGUGCCUGCUUUGACCCAAAGUGCCGUGUCAAAUCUGACGGAAGACUCACCAGCCUCUCAAGACCCUAUCACAAGCAAGAUCGCAUCUCCUCAAGUGGCUGCACCACGAGACACUCCACCGGUAAUCGGGCUACCUCCUUUCCCACCCACUUUGAAGGCUAACGAUACGGCAAAGGUGCCCACUCCUCAAGCUCAACCCAUUAGUCUGGCACCUAUGAACGGUCAUACUUCCUCUCAUCCGACGGAUACAUUGCCUCCUACACCUUUGACUGCUGAAAAACCCUCCGUGGGUGCGACUAUCCCUUCAAGAUCUCCUCGACAGUCCACACCUCAAUCAACCACAUCAAGCUCAGCGAAACCUGCAAUCACGAAUUCCGCUUCGGAGCCGCAGGAAAGUCCCGUCAAGAUUAGUGCUAAAACUCUACGAGCUCACUUGAUCUUGGUCCAGAACUCACUUUCAAAGCACGAGAUUGACAACUGGAUCGCUCAUACCUGUCUCAUUGCUCAUGAUAUUGAUCACGCCCGACGAGCGCUUCAAGCCGACCUUUACGCUACGGACGAAUGUUUCAUAUCUGGACGAGAUCUCGAACGUGCUCUCUCUGCGAGAGGUUUCACUCCUCCAAAAGUCGACGCAUUCAUCACCAAAGUACUGAAAGUUUUAGAUGGGAUCGCUGCUGCGGAAGAACCUGAAUCUGAUCAACCUGAUUCUGACGAAGAUAUAGAACGAUUACAAUCUGAAUUGACUGAAUCACUCAGUAAUUACCCUAACGAAACUAAAGAAGCUAUGACCAAUGCAGCUAGAGUGAUGGAAUUCUUGAUGAGAGGUAAAGAAUUACAAGAGAAGAAAAGACUCGAGGUGGAAAGAAGGGUGAAAGUCUUGGAAGGGAUGGUCAAAGUUGGUGAAGUUGUUGGAGGAGUGGUCCGAUACUUAUUGACCGAAGACAAAUAG